CCCACAAGGCUAUCCAGGUAGGAACCACACUCCCUACCCCCUCCUUCCUCCCGAGGGCGGGAAACCCAGGAGGUCCGUGAGGACUUUGCACUGAGGUGGGCAGCGCGGCAGAGGCCCCGGGAGACUGACCGGCGCGCUUCAACUCCGGGCUCGGACACCAUGAACCCCGACGGGGAUCCGCAGGAGCGCCCUGAGGGAGAAGCGGGGCAAACAGGGCGGAAGCCUCAGGCUGAAGAAGCUUUGGAAGAUGUUUCCCUCUACUUCUCCAGGGAGGAGUGGGCAGAGAUGGGAGACUGGGAGAAAGGCCGGUACCGGAAUGUGAAGAGGAACUUCGACAUGCUCACCAGCUUAGGUCUCAGGGUCCCUCGACCAGCUUUUAUGUGUCACCACCACAGGCAGGCCACCCAGCUCCAGGAGGAGGACCCUGAGGACUCUGAUGAAGAAUGGACUCCAGGGCAGCAAGUGAAACCUUCCUGGGUGGCCUUCAGAAGGAAACAGAGUAAACGCCAGAAGGCAACAUCCAGGGUGCCAUUAAGCAAUGAAUAUAGUUUGAAGGAAUUGUCAGAAACAGCAAAUUUGAUGACUGCAAGUGACUCAGAGCAUGUCCAGAAACCAGUGUCCUCUCCUGGAGAAGCAUGUGCCUUUGGAAAGCACACUAGACAAAAAUCAGAACUCAGGGGAAAGGAGAUUGACAUGAAGAUGUACAGCCUACGAGAAAGAAAGGGCCAUGUGUACCAAGAGGUCAACGAUCCCCAAGAUGAUGACUACCUUUAUUGUGAGAAGUGUCAGAACUUCUUCAUCGACACCUGUGCUGUACAUGGACCCCCUACAUUUGUAAAGGACAGUGCAGUGGACAAGGGACAUCCCCAGCGCUCAGCCCUCACCCUGCCCUCUGGGUUGAGAAUCGGGCCAUCCUGUAUCCCUGAGGCUGGGCUUGGAGUGUGGAAUGAGGCAGCAGACUUGCCAGUGGGUCUGCACUUUGGCCCUUAUGAAGGACACAUCACAGAAGAUGAAGAGGCAGCCAAGAGCAGAUACUCCUGGCUGAUCGCCAAAGGGAGAAACUGCUAUGAGUAUGUGGAUGGAAAGGACAGAUCCUGGGCCAACUGGAUGAGGUAUGUGAACUGUGCCCGGGAUGAUGAAGAGCAGAACCUGGUGGCCUUUCAAUAUCACAGGCAGAUUUUCUACCGAACCUGCCGGGUCGUCAGACCGGGGUGUGAACUGCUAGUCUGGUUCGGGGAUGAGUAUGGCCAGGAGCUGGGCAGCAAGUGGGGCAGCAAGUGGAAGACAGAGCUCGCAGCCAGGAGAGCGGAACCAAACACAGAGAUCCACCCAUGCCCCUCCUGCUCUCUGGCCUUCUCCAGUCAGAAAUUCCUCAGCAAACACGUGAAACUCAAUCAUCCCUCUCAGAUUCUCCCAGGAACAUCUGCAAGACAACACCUCCUAACAGAGGAACACUAUCCAGAGGAUCAAAAUCAGCAGCAGCAACAUACUAAUACACACAGCUGGAAAGAUAAAGCUGAAGGUCAAGAGGUCAAAGAAAAGUCCAAACUUUUGCUUAAAGGGAUCAGUCAGAGGAGAAUCUCAAGACCCUUUUUCCAAGCUUCCAAAGAACAAAUGAGGAGCUCCAGUGAGCAUGAGAGAAUGAUGGAGGAAGAGCCCCACAGAGGCCAGAAAGAGAGUCCAGAGGGUGCAGGCAAGUUACUUGUGAAAGUAAGAAUGUCAAGAAUUGUAACAAUGCAGCACGGAGGGUGUUGGCAAGGCUUCAAUGAUGUGUCACAUUUCUUCAGACAUCAAAGGACACACUCAGGGGAGAAGCCCUAUGUUUGCAGGGAGUGCAGGAGAGGCUUUACACGGGGGUCAAACCUCAUCGCACAUCAGAGAACACACUCAGGGGAGAAGCCCUAUGUUUGCAGGGAGUGUGGGAAAGGCUUUGCAGAAAAGUCAAAUCUCGUCACACACCAGAGGACACACUCAGGGGAGAAGCCCUAUGUUUGCAGGGAGUGUGAGCGAGGCUUUACACGGAAGUCACACCUCACCAUACACCAGAGGACACACUCAGGGGAGAAGCCCUAUGUUUGCUGCAGAGUGUGUGGGCGAGGCUUUACACGCAAGUCAGCUCUCAUCACACACCAGAGGACACACUCAGGGGAGAAGCCCUAUGUUUGCAGGGAUUGUGGGCGAGGCUUUACAUUCAAGUCAGCUCUCAUUGCACACCAGAGGACACGCUCAGGGGAGAAGCCCUAUGUUUGCAGGGAUUGUGGGCGAGGCUUUACAUGCAAGCCAGCUCUCAUCGCACACCAGAGGACACACUCUGGGGAGAAGCCCUAUGUUUGCUGCAGAGUGUGUGGGCGAGGCUUUACACAUAAGUCAAAUCUCAUCAGACACCAGAGGACACACUCAGGGGAGAAGCCUUAUGUUUGCAGGGAGUGUGGGCGAGGCUUUACAUGCAAGUCACAUCUCACGACACACGAGAGGACACACUCAGGGGAGAAGCCUUAUGUUUGCAGGGAGUGUGGGCGAGGCUUUACGUGCAAGUCAGCUCUCAUUGCACACCAGAGGAUACACUCAGGGGAGAAGCCCUAUGUUUGCAGGGAGUGCGGGAAAGGCUUUACAUGCAAGUCAGUUCUCAUCACACACCAGAGGACACACUCUGGGGAGAAGCCCUAUGUUUGCAGGGAGUGCGGGAAAGGGUUUACAUGCAAGUCACAUCUCACCACACACCAGAGGACACACUCUGGGGAGAAGCCCUAUGUUUGCAGGGAGUGUGGGCGAGGCUUCACACAGCACCCACAUCUCAUCAGACACCAGAGGACACACUCAGGGGAGAAGCCCUAUGUUUGCAGGGAGUGUGGGCGAGGCUUUAGAGACAAGUCACAUCUCACGACACACCAGAGGACACACUCAGGGGAGAAGCCUUAUGUUUGCAGGGAGUGUGGGCGAGGCUUUACAUGCAAGUCAGCUCUCAUCACACACCAGAGGACACACUCAGGGGAGAAGCCCUGUGUUUGCAGGUGAAGUGAAUGAAUCAUUACCACUAAAUCACAUGUCAAUAGCCUUAAGAAGUCUAUGGAACCUACUCUCCCCAAGAUUGUAAUUAGUACCGAAGUAACUGGUUAAACAAACCCUCCAGGUUUUAUGACAAGAGAUGAGAUGGACAGUUUCAUGAGUAAUAUGGGGAUAUCAGCACCAAUCUCUUUCAUGGUUUUUUGAUGUCCUUUUCUAAAGAGUAUUGUCUCCAUACAAAUAUGAAGCCCACAUCCCUCAUUCCCCCAU